AUGAAUUUCACGGCGCCCCAAACGGCACCACCAAUCGACUGCCGGAACUAUCUACCACCGUUGCGGCAAUACUAUGCAGAGUACGCCAUCUCCUUGUGUCUAUCGUUGACCGUCGGCUGCAUCAUCUGGCUGUGGGUGACGUACGUGUUUGUGCAAGUAAUCAGACUAAUCAAGCGCCAGACCGAGAAGAACCAGGUGAUGGUGCUAAUCAUUGCCAAUGCGGUGUAUUUUACGGUGGUUACGUUCAACGUGGUGGCACUGCUAAUACCGCACGUGGCGGUCGUCUGCGACGUAGUGUCGUUCGUGGCGUUUUGCUGGUGUAUUUUGGUGUUUUUUCGCUAUCUCAAAGAAUCGGUUGGCGGUGAUACGGCCAUUAUUGAGCUGUACGAAACCAAGGCAAUCCAGCCGCCCCAAGUGUGUCCAUGCUUUCGAUUCAUCUACGACAAAAAACGACAGCUGCGCGCUAUCCGGUUCGGAAUUAUGCAGCUACCUAUUUACAACAGUGUUGUCGCUAGUAUUCAAUUAAUCAUUUUCUCGUUUGAUAAGGAUUUAUUCUUCGAUGCGUUCUAUGUAAUUUUACCAUUCAUAAUAGUGUCGAUCGUAUUCUACGUUGGAUCAUCGGUUUCGUUCAUUAAAACAGUGGCUCCACUCUAUCCCGACAACCCGAUCUUUAAACGAUUCUUUCUGCUACAGUUGGUGCUUCUCAUCACCAAACCGCAGAUCAUCAUCCUUGAGCUCAUCUACAACCUGGUCACGUUCGAAUGUACUGUAGCUGGCGAGCCCAAAGUGUACGCAAACAUGAUAAAACAAACGUUGAUACUUAUCGAAGUCGCAGUAGUCGCCAUUUUUUCGUACAAAUUCUACACCACCGCGCAACAACAGCAACCGAAAGGGGAGAAGUCGGGUGUAAACAAUACGGGAUAUGAGGCAUAA